GUGGAGGGGUCUAUUUCAUGAUUCAAGGAGGAAAGCGCCGAUACUUUGUGUAAAAGCUCCACUCUUAUAGUGGAGAGGCCUCAUCCUCUCUCGCCAUCUCGUGACCCUCUCUCUCCGCCUCUCCACCCUAAAGUCGCACAAGACUUCUUCUCCCUCCUCCUCCAGCCGGCGUUUACCUUCCGGCGUAUGUAAAGGCGGCGUCUUGCUUCGUCUUCUUCUUCUUUUUUCCCUUUUUUUUAUUUUUUAUUUUUUGGUUCCAAAGGAGAGUGGAAGAGGGGGCAACGUGUCAUGGCUUUUAACCUCUCCUGUUCUCUUCUCCAAGCCGGGUAUGUCUCAUCCCAACGUCGGGUGCGGCCUAAGCCGCUAGCUUCCGCUUCUCAUCAGAGACUUCACCGUCCGUUCGUCGACUACCUGCCCCCCUCGCGGCCUUCUGCGCUGUCCAUCCGCUGCUCGGCUUCUAGGUCUGGCGGCGGAGAUGAGGACCAGGCAGUGAAGGAAGUGGAACGUCUGUUGGAGGAGAAGCGGAAGGCGGAGCUCGCCUCUCGCAUCGCCUCCGGCGAGUUCACCGUCCAAAAACCCGGUUGGGUGCUUGCUCUGAGAGAUGGGCUCUCUAAGCUGGGGCUGCCGGGGAAAUCCCUUGAAGACUUGUUGUCAAGAUGGGCCGCCAAUAUCAGUGAAGGAGGACGCCUGGAGAUCCCUCAAGCAAAAGGGUCAAUGAAUGCCAUCUCGGGUCAGGCCUUCUUCAUCCCUCUGUACGACCUCUUCCUCACAUAUGGAGGCAUAUUCCGCCUCAUCUUUGGUCCCAAGUCCUUUCUGAUUGUUUCCGAUCCACAAAUUGCCAAACACAUACUUAAGGACAAUGCUAAGGCUUAUUCCAAGGGUAUAUUAGCAGAAAUUUUGGAGUUUGUGAUGGGAAAGGGUUUGAUCCCAGCUGAUGGUGAGCUUUGGCGAGUAAGGAGACGUGCAAUUGUGCCAGCUUUGCAUCAGAAGUAUGUAGCUGCCAUGAUCAAACUCUUUGGAGAAGCUUCAUAUAGGCUAUGUGAGAAGUUGGAUGUUGCAGCUUCGGAUGGGGAGGACAUGGAGAUGGAGUCUCUCUUUUCACGGUUAACACUCGAUGUAAUUGGAAAGGCAGUUUUCAAUUAUGAGUUUGACUCAUUAUCACAUGAUAAUGGGAUUGUUGAGGCAGUUUACAUUGCUCUUCGAGAAGCAGAGAUGAGAAGUACUUCUCCGAUUCCAACUUGGGAGAUUCCAAUUUGGAAAGACAUCUCUCCGAGGCAGAGGAAAGUUUCACAAGCCCUAAACUUGAUAAAUAACACACUUGAUGAUCUCAUCGCUAUCUGCAAGAAAAUGGUAGAGCAAGAGGACCUGCAAUUUCAUGAAGAAUACAUGAACGAGCAAGAUCCUAGCAUUCUUCACUUCCUACUUGCUUCUGGUGAUGAUGUAUCUAGCAAGCAGCUAAGGGAUGAUCUAAUGACAAUGCUUAUAGCUGGUCAUGAAACAUCUGCUGCAGUACUUACAUGGACAUUUUAUCUUCUUUCUAAGUCUCCGGAGGUAGUGGCCAAGCUCCAGGAUGAGGUUGAUUCUGUUCUGGGGGAUGAGUUUCCAAGAAUUGACGAUAUGAAGAAGCUGAAGUAUACUACUCGAGUAAUUAAUGAAUCACUAAGGCUUUAUCCACAACCACCUGUAUUAAUCCGUCGCUCUCUUGAGGAUGAUAUGCUUGGCAAAUACCCAAUAAAAAGGGGUGAAGAUAUUUUCAUUUCUGUGUGGAACCUCCAUCGCAGUCCAAAGUAUUGGGUUGAUGCUGAGAAAUUUAAUCCAGAGAGAUGGCCAUUGGAUGGACCAAAUCCAAAUGAGAGCAAUCAAAAUUUCAGUUACUUGCCAUUUGGUGGUGGACCGAGGAAAUGUGUUGGAGACAUGUUUGCUACAUUUGAGACUGUGGUUGCAACAGCAAUGCUAGUUAGGAGAUUCAACUUCCACCUAGCCCCCAGCGCUCCCCCAGUAGAGAUGACGACCGGUGCGACAAUCCAUACGACCCAAGGAUUGAAGAUGACGGUGACACGGAGAACUCGACCGCCGAUCAUUCCCAACUUGGAGGCCAAAGUGCUAACAUUCGACAGUGGUCAACAACAACUCAGCUCCAACCUCCUGGAAGAAACAUCAGUUGCUAGCAGUGUGGCUGUGGCUGAAGAGGAUCAGCAAGGUGAAGUCUCCACAGCUCCUGUUUCAUGAGAUGCUGAUAACCAUUGUGAGAGUAGAUCUUAUGGCUUUGGCUUGCCUGCGACGUGACUUAAUCUGAGACUUAGAGUUGGAUUGGGCUUUAGGUAUAUGAAAGGGGCGGGCUUUAAUGGAUUAAGUAAAAAACUUAAAUAAUAAUAAAAAAAUUAUGGGUCAGGCUAGAGCUCAGGACAGCCUUGCUUAAGAUUCGGCCCUGGUCUCGUCAUAAUCUUGUAUUGCUCUACUGUUAGAUUUAGCUUUUAUGAAAUUUCCACAUUGUAGCAUUCUGUAAAUCUGCCAAUGGUUGGCUGUGGUGUUAGUUGUUUCCAAAAAGAUAGAUCCGUUAGUUUAA